AUGGCUGGCUGUCCAGACUUAUCGCCAACUCAAAUACGCGAUAUCUUAGAGUCUUGUGACAAAAGCGCUGGAAAACCUCUCUCACCAUUCCCUCGUUUAGUAAUCGACGACUCAUCGAAGAUGACCGAGAACAGCAUCAAGUUAUAUCCCGCGGCUGCAGGUCUUCCCUGGCAUUCUACUAUUCUAGCUCUGAGGCAGACCAAGCAUUGGAAAGCCGCAAUAUCUAUGGUCACAAAGCUGCUAAAUCUAUUUGCAGAGGACGACAUUUCCAAUACAACUCUUUACAGAGGGUCCAAGUCAUAUGCAAAUAUUGCGAAAAGGGAGAUACAUGAUAUAAACCACAAUUGGUCCCGGUUCCUUUUGUUUGCGUGGCCAGGCGCCGAUGAGAAAAGGAUAGAGCUAAUCUCAGCUACUCUGACCUUUGUGUUCCUCUUUGAUGGUAAGUCUAAUUGUCUUCAAGAUGUUUGGGAAAUGCAGGACGAAGAAACAGUUCGCAUUAUUCAGGCCGAAUUUAUUUCUUGCCUGACGCUACCGGACUCUGAGAUUUCUCUAUUCAAGAGGGAGCGGAGCCUCACACCCCUCCAGGCUAUGAUUACUCAAGUUAUACAAGGGAUUUAUGAUGAAGACCAGAAAGGCGGAAAUGGCGGCAAGGACGUAGUGAAGUGUCUGAUCGAUUUUAUCAACCACCCUCCCCCUGCCAAGGAGUACCAUACACUCAAGGAGUUUCUAGAUUAUCGCAUAGUUGAUGCUGCUGCGGAAUACGUCUUUGCAUGUGCCAAGUUCUCCAUCCAUUCGAGUGUUCAAAUGGACAGCCCAAGCAUUAAACGGUUCAUUAGACUUGCUUCAGAACAUAUAUGUUACUCUAACGACCUUGGUUCGUACGAUAAGGAGAAGGAGGCUUAUGAUGAAGGACAUGUCUUGUACUUGAUCAACGCGGUUGACAUGGUGAAGAAGGUGUUCAAGCUUCCAGAUGAUGCCACUGCAAAGUCAGCUACACUUGCACUUCAAAAGCAGACCGAGAUGGAACUCGGAAGGGAGCUUGAACACCUUCGUGCAUCGGGUGAAGCUACUGCCCAGGAACUUGAAUAUUGCGAAGCUGUAAUAUAUGCAAUGAUGGGAAAUACGUUUGCCUCGGUGGUCAUGUCCCGUUAUGGGGGGGACGUCACUAGACUUAAAUCUUGA